AUGCUGAAACCAAGUGGACUUAAAAUCCCUGGCAGGGCUGGGAAGCACUCCAGCCCGGUGGGACGGGCAUCGGGAACCACUGCAGCUGCAGUCACCACUGGCUCAAAAGAAGGCUCACCUUUACACAAGCAGGGCACCACCUCCACCACCAGCACCGAGAAGUCGGGUUCAAAGGUCGCCGAGGUGGGCGAUGAUUUUCUGGGAGACUUCGUGGUGGGCGAACGCGUCUGGGUCAACGGAGUGAAGCCAGGUGUGAUCCAGUAUCUUGGAGAGACACAAUUUGCUCCAGGCCAGUGGGCAGGGGUGGUUCUGGAUGACCCAGUGGGUAAGAAUGACGGCUCUGUCGGCGGAGUGCGGUACUUCGAGUGCCAACCGCUGCAGGGGAUUUUUACGCGACCGUCCAAGCUGACGCGGCAGCCGGUGGCCGAGGGCUCAGGGAGCGACGCCCCCUCUGUGGACUCUCUGACAGCUCAGAACUUGUCACUGCACUCGGGGACAGCCACACCACCUCUGUCCAGUCGUGUCAUCCCAUUGCGGGAGAGCGUCCUCAACAGCGCCAUGAAGACGGGCAACGAGUCUGGAUCUAACCUCUCGGACAGUGGGUCUGUGAAAAAGGGGGAGAAGGACUUACGGCUUGGAGAUCGUGUGCUGGUUGGUGGGACAAAGACAGGAGUUGUGCGCUACGUGGGAGAAACGGAUUUUGCCAAAGGAGAGUGGUGUGGUGUGGAGCUGGAUGAGCCCCUGGGGAAGAAUGAUGGGGCAGUUGCUGGUACAAGGUAUUUUCAGUGCCCACCCAAGUUUGGCCUCUUCGCUCCCAUUCACAAGGUGAUCCGGAUUGGGUUCCCAUCAACCAGCCCUGCCAAGGCCAAGAAGAGCAAGAGGAUGGCCAUGGGAGUGUCAGCCCUAACCCACAGCCCCAGCAGCUCCUCCAUCAGCUCUGUCAGCUCAGUGGCCUCGUCAGUUGGGGGCAGGCCCAGCCGCAGUGGGCUGCUGACAGAGACCUCUUCUCGAUAUGCCAGAAAAAUCUCUGGCACCACAGCUCUCCAGGAGGCACUGAAGGAGAAGCAGCAGCACAUUGAGCAGCUGCUGGCAGAGCGAGACCUGGAGCGGGCAGAGGUUGCCAAAGCCACCAGCCACAUCUGUGAGGUGGAGAAAGAGAUUGCCAUCAUGAAGGCCCAACAUGAGCAGUAUGUCACAGAGGCAGAAGGAAAUCUCCAGCGGGCACGAGCCUUGGUGGAUGGGAUGCAGAAGGAGAAGAUUGAGCUGUUGAACCAGCUGGAAGAGGAGAAGAGGAAAGUGGAGGACUUGCAGUUCCGUGUGGAGGAAGAAUCCAUUACCAAGGGAGAUCUGGAGACUCAGACGCAAUUGGAGCAUGCCCGAAUACGGGAGCUCGAGCAGAGCCUGCUGUUUGAGAAGGCACAGGCUGAAAAACUCCUCAGAGAAUUAGAGGACACCAGGUUGACCACGGUAGCGGAGAAGUCCAGAAUCCUGCAGCUGGAGGAGGAGCUGAGCCUCAGACGCAGCGAGGUGGACGAGCUCCGGCAGUGCCUCAGGAGCUCUCACCAAGCAGAGACCCCUGAGCAUUCCCUGGGCCUGCAGUCAGAGGCUCUUCGACUGCGGGAUCAACUGCUGUCUGCCAACAAGGAGCAUCAGAAGGAGAGCAGCCAGCUCAAAGAGAAGUAUGAGAAGACGUUAAAGAAGUACCAGCAGGAGAUGGAGAAGCUGAAGUCUGUCAAUGAGAAGUACUCGCAGGAAAUCGUUGACCUAAAGCAUAAAGUUCAGCAAGCCACUAAUGAGAACAUGGGGCUCAUGGACAACUGGAAGUCCAAGUUGGACACGUUAGCUUCUGACCACCAGAAGUCUCUGGAGGACCUGAAAGCCACAUUGAACUCAGGCCCUGACACCCAGCACAAGGAGAUUGUGGAGCUGAAGGCAGUGGUGGAGAGUAUAAAGAUGGAGCACCAGCUUGAAUUGGAGAACCUGAAAGCAAAGCAUGACAUUGAGACUGCUGUGCAUAUAAAGGAGAAAGAGAGUCUCAAACUGAAGUUGCAGGAGGCUUUGGAUGAAGUGGAAAAAAGCAACAGCAACUGGAAAAUGCAACUGGAAACCAAAAGCAGUCAGCACCUUCUCGAGCUCCAAGAUGUGAAGGACAAGUGUCGAGAUGCUGAGCUGAGGAUGCAUGAACUGGAGAAACUCCAUGGUGAAUACACAGAUCAGACACAAGCGAUAGCUUUCUUGAAAGAGCAGAUUUCUUUGGCUGAAAAGAAGAUGUUGGACUAUGAAAUGUUACAGAAAACAGAAGCCCAGAGCAAACAGGAGAUCCAAAGAUUGCAGGAAAAAGUACUUGUCUUAGAGAACAAGCUGCAGUCCAUGGAGGCCCUGCAUCCUUCUCAGCAUGCAAAUAUGAUUGAAACUAAUGAUAUUUCAGAAGAAAAGAUAAAGAUGAAGGAGACUAUGGAAGACCUCCAAGACAAGCUGAGUAAAAGAGACAAAGAGGUGUCAUCCCUGGUGUCCCAGACUGAAACUCUAAGGGCCCAAGUAAGUGCUUUGGAAAAUAAAUGCAAAACAGCAGAAAAGAAGGCUGACUCGGUGUUCAAGGAAAAGAAGAGGCUGGAAGGGGAACUGGAAGCCUUGACCAAGAAAACACACGAUGCUUCAGGGCAACUGGUCCUGAUUAGCCAGGAGCUGCUCAAGAAGGAAAGGAGCCUGAAUGAGCUGAGAGCACUGUUACUGGAGGCAAACCGGCACUCGCCGGGGCCGGAACGAGACCUCAGCCGGGAAGUGCACAAAGCAGAGUGGAGGCUGAAGGAGCAGAAGCUUAAAGAUGACAUCAAGGGGCUGCGAGAGAAACUGGUUGUGCUGGACAAGGAGAAGUCGGUGUCGGAUCAGCGGCGAUACUCGCUGAUCGACCCGUCGUCGGAGUCGGAGGUGAUCCGGCUGCAGCACCGGCUCGUCAGCACGGAGGAUGUGCUGCGCAACGCGCUGGAGCAGGGACACCAGAUGGAGAAGCUCAUGGAAGCAAUGAGGCUCUCGUCAGAGAAAACACAGACUGUUGGAAAUUCUGGGUCUGCUAACGGGAUUCACCAGCAGGAUAAAUCCAACAAGCAAGAG